UCCUCUCGUUUAGCUUCGCCUUCCUUUUCUCUCUUCUGACUCCUUUAUUACGCUUUCCUCCACCAAACCAUAGUCUCAUCGCAAUUUCGAUCUUAGUCUCUUCCCUAACAUAAUCUAAAUUCACGCAGUUUCAGAUCUAUUUCCUCUCUUGUCAGGAACAGAAAUGUCUUUUCCAUGGAAUUUCCAUUCGCAAGGAGGCACCACUAAUGAUGACUACCGGUCCUCCUUCAGCAGGAACAAUUUCAGCAACAACAACAGGAAUAGAAGGAACAAUUAUAGUAAUAGGAAUUAUAGGAAUAUCAAUGACUUCCCAGGGACACUUUGGCAGCAUAAUGACAGUUUUUAUCAUGUUAAGCCGGAAAAUUUCACUCAUGCUAAUCGUAAUGGCAUGGGAGUGCCAUCUUUGAAAAGGAGAAAGUUUUCAGCUUCUACUUGGGGAGGUAGUGGGAGACACUAUGUGUUGCCUGGGACAUAUGACUUGGCCCCUUCGACCUGCAAUUAUGUAGUCCGUCCUACAAGACACAAUGCAGAGGCCUCUAUGUCCACUAACUUUAAACGUGACCGCUCACAAUUGGAAGACGAUGAACCAGCCUUCAUGUCAAGGGAUGAGAUUGAGAGACACUCCCCGUCAAGAAAAGAUGGUAUCGAUGCUCUUCGUGAAGCUCAUUUGCGGUACUCAUACUGCACCUUCCUUCAGAAUCUUGGAUUGCAACUCGAGUUGCCCCAAACCACUAUUGGCACUGCCAUGGUUCUGUGCCACCGAUUUUUUGUUCGACAAUCACAUGCUUCCCAUGAUAGAUUUUUGAUUGCUACUGCCACCCUUUUUCUCGCUGCAAAGUCUGAGGAGACUCCACGCCCUUUAAACAAUGUGCUGAGAGCAUCUUGUGAAAUUUCCCGUAGGCAGGAUGUUUCUUUCUUGUCCCAUUUGCUUCCUACUGGCUGGUUUGAGCUUUAUCGGGAACGAGUGAUUGAGGCUGAGCAUAGGAUACUGUCUACUCUAAAUUUUGAGCUUAAUGUGCAGCAUCCAUAUGCUCCUCUUACGUCUGUUCUUGACAAAUUAGGUCUUUCACAAACUGUUUUGGUCAAUUUGGCAUUGAACUUGGUCAGUGAAGGACUUCGAAGCUCACUGUGGCUUCAAUUCAAAUCUCAUCAUAUUGCUGCUGGAGCUGUCUUCCUUGCUGCUAAGUUUCUGAAUUUAGAUCUUACUUCUUAUCAAAAUAUCUGGCAGGAGUUCCAAACGACACCAGAAAUUAUUCAAGAUGUAUCGCAGCAAUUGAUGGAGCUUUUCUGAGAAGGCUAGCUGAAUACUGAGUUGGGACAUAGAAUUGGGUCAGUUCUAUCGCGAUGGUACUCUCCAGGUUUUGUGGGUAAAUAUUCUUGUAAGUUGGGAUAUAUGAGUUAUGAAAUGAUGAAACAAUCAUCUGCAUAGUUUAGGUUUUAGUGCAAGAAGAUUGAUAGGAAAUAGAUCACCAGUAUGCAAAUUAGAGGAGAUGAACCACGUGUUUGAGGGGACUGAUUGUGCCACUACAAGAUAAAAUAUCGUUCAAAUGAGUUGAGAAAUAGAAGGUGGUCCCUUUUUUCUCGGCAUUCCUGAAAAGGAUAGUCCAAAAAGAAUAAACGACAAGAUUGUUUCACGGAUCUGCAAGGACCUUGUUUUCGCUGCUUUUGAGUGUUUCCAUCUCUUCCUGUGGAUUGUGGCAUGCCCAGAUUACAAGCCGCUUGCGAUAACUUGUCUUGCACUUUCAGGUAUGUUGUUGUUGAAUAUAUAAUAUAAAGAAGGGUUGAUUUAUUGGUGA